AUGGCACUUUAUAAUUACUUUKUGACAUUGUGUGGCUGUAGAAUAAGAAAACGGAACGCUAGACAGUCUCAUGGAAUGGCAAGUAUUUUCACUUUAUUAUUUUUGAUAUCAUUAUGUCAUGGAGACGGCGUGUUUUUCGGAAAUGUUCGUCAACUUCAGCAGUCACCUGUACAAGGGAAUUCWUCACUAGCUGGUAAUCUUAUAAACGAUACUUUAAAUUUUACGCCAAAGGAAGCUACAAUGAGUACACUACAGAAAAGCAACAAUACAACGACAGAAUUUGACAGUUUAAGUAAUAUUACGCAGGUAUUUAUGAACGAUUCUUCUUUGGACGCUAUUAUUAGUGACGUCACGACGAGUCGAGAUCAGAACGGAACAAUGGAUCUUGUUGAUGUCAAAAAUGUAAAUAACGGCGACUUUACAAAGCUCGGCAUACAAGUCACUUCUGGCAAGUUUAAUGUUAAUAAAUCAAGAAACAAUGACACCAAAAAUAAUAAUAUUUCUACGAAAGAAAGUAAUGAUAAAAUUGAUAAUCAUAUAUUAUCACAAAUAAAUCAAAAUCUUACUGAUCUUGAUGAAGAAGAAUUAAACGAUAAUUCAACGAUCGUCACUCCUGAGGAAAAGGAAGAGAUGGAUAAACUAACACAUGACAUUAAAGAAAUGCUGGAAGACAAUUGGAAAAAGUAUCUAAAAGGUAGACARCCUUACGGYGAGAAAAUCAAAGAUGACGUUACGUUCGGCAGUUCGUAUUACACGCAAGGGAUACUUACGUUACCGUAUGACGGRAUAACUGAACCAUUUGAAUCGUGGUAUGCUGGCAAGAAGCAUAUGAGUCGAAUYGAUUACUAUUAUGGAAUGGAUAAGACGUUCCAGCGUGGGGAUUUACGGGAYCACGGYGUCAUGGUAAAAGUAAUUCCUGCACACUAUGGUAAGAAUGGUGAUCUGGACAAAAAUACCAUCAGUUGUUGGUAUCGACCAGGUUUUCGAUGGAAUCCAGUCAAAGCGCAACGASUUGUUCCAAGCAAUCUUAAGGAUUUCAAGGUGAGAAGAUUAAUUAUCUGGGGAAAGAACAUAAUCAAUAAUAGUUAA